AUGGUGUCUGAGUGUAAGUAUGAAAAGUGGGAUGGCAUCACUUGCGUGAACACCUUGGGAGUCUGUGGCUGUGUGAAAGAUCAGAUUUUGGGAAGGCAGGUUCACGGCAGAGUCGUGAAAAUGGGCUUGGAUCGUGAUUUGUUUGUGGGCAGUGCUACAGUAGACAUGUACGAAAAAUGUGGCGAAAUCCCCUCCAUGAGAGAUGCUUUUGACGGGCUGAGAACGAAAAACGAGGUCACGUGGACUGCAGUACUGACUGCCUACUCUCAAAACAAAUUUUACGAAGAUGCCCUCAGAUUAUUUCUUGAAAUGGACGCCGCCCACAGUGUUGUUGUCCCAAACGAGUGCACGUACUCUGUGCUUCUCAACUCAUGUGCCGAAAUAUCGGUAUCGGGUUUGGCAACUCGCUGCAUGCGCGCGUCGUGA